CUCACCGCACCGGGCUGGCGGAGCUCUGCUGCUUCUGGGCUGCUUCGGUGCUGAGGCGGCAACCAGGAGGCAGGGUGCGAGAAGCUUGCCUGGCGCUGUCCAACAUGGAGGAGCGGCCAGCGGCGGGCAACGCCUACGGACCGCACUGAGCCUACGCUGGUCCUCCGGGCAGCCAGAAGGGCACGGACCCCCCCAGGGCUGGGCAUCCUGCACGCCCCGGGGCGGACCCCGGCUGGCGGGGCUAGGACGGCCGCGAGCUUCUGCACCGGGACGUGUCCCGCCGAGCCAUGGGCAACGAGGCGAGCUUGGAAGGGGAAGGGCUCCCCGAAGGGCUGGCGGCGGCCGCCGGAGGGGCUGGCGGCUCGGGGAGCGCCUUGCACCCCGGGAUCCCAGCCGGCAUGGAGGCGGACCUGAGCCAGCUGAGCGAGGAGGAGAGGAGACAGAUCGCUGCUGUCAUGUCAAGGGCGCAGGGGCUGCCCAAGGGAAGCGUCCCCGCGGCCGCUGCGGAGUCGCCUUCCAUGCACAGGAAACAAGAAUUGGAUAGUAGUCAGCCUACACGACAACCAGGGAAGCCACCGGACUCUGGGCGGCCCACUCAGCCUGGCCUCAGUAAAAGCAGAACUACGGACACGUUUAGGUCAGAACCGAAACUGCCUGGAAGGAGUCCAUCCACUAUUAGCUUGAAAGAAUCAAAGUCCAGAACUGAUUUUAAGGAAGAGUACAAGUCUAGCAUAAUGCCUGGUUUCCUCUCAGAUGUUAACCCUUUAAGUGCUGUCUCCUCUGUUGUAAAUAAAUUCAACCCUUUUGAUUUGAUAUCGGACUCUGAGGCAUCGCAGGAGGAAACUACAAAGAAACAAAAAGUUGCUCAAAGGGACCAAGGGAAGUCUGAAGGGGUCACAAAACCUCCCUUACAGCAGCCCUCGCCGAAGUCGGUUCCUAAACAGCAAGGACCAGAGAAGGAAGUGAUGCAGCAGGAUAGCCCUCUCAAGUCAGCAUCUUCCCAUCAAGCAGAAAAAAUAAAACCACAAGCCCCUGGCACAGGAAAGCCUUCGCAGCAGAGCCCAGCCCAUACACCAACUCAGCAAGCAAGUCCUGGGAAACCUGUAGUCCAACAUCCUGGGCCUGCAAAGGCCACCGUCCAGCAGUCGGGACCUGCAAAGUCAGCUCAGCCAGCUGGGACAGUGAAGCCUCCAGCCCAACCUCCACUGACAGCCAAGCCCUCAGCUCAGCAGGCUGGAUUAGAGAAGACCUCAUUGCAGCAACCUGGACCAAAGUCUCCAGCUCAGACUCCUGGUCUUGGAAAGGUUACAGCCGGGCCAGUCAAGUCCCCAGCCCAGCAGCCAGGGGCAGCAAAAGUCCCAGCUCAACAGCCAGGCCCACAAACUCCGGCUAAGGUACCUGGGGCAACAAAGACUCCAGCUCAGCAGUCUGGACUUGGAAAGACACCAACUCAACAGCCAGGCCCAGCAAAGCCUUCACCUCAGCAGCCCACUCCAGCAAAACCCCAGCCUCAACAGCCCACCCCAGCAAAGCCUUCACCUCAGCAGCCCACCCCAGCAAAGCCCCAACCUCAACAGCCCUCCCCAGGAAAGCCCCAGCCUCAACAGCCCUCCCCAGGAAAGCCCCAGCCUCAACAGCCCUCCCCAGCAAAGCCCCAGCCUCAACAGCCCUCCCCAGCAAUGCCCCAGCCUCAGCAGCCCUCCCCAGCAAAGCCCCAGCCUCAGCAGCCUACCCCGGCAAAGCCCCAGCCUCAGCAGCCCACCCCAGCAAAGCCCCAGCCUCAGCAGCCCUCCCAGGCAAAGCCCCAGCCUCAGCAGCCCAUCCCAACAAAACCCAUAAGCCAAACCGUUACGGGAAGACCUCGGCAACCACCGCCGACUUCUGCAACACAGACUCCAGUACAAGGCUCCUCUAAAACCAUCUGUCCUCUUUGCAACACCACCGAACUUCUGUUGCACACUCCAGAAAAGGCCAAUUUUAACACAUGCACUGAGUGUCAAACCACCGUCUGCAGCCUCUGUGGUUUUAACCCCAAUCCUCAUUUAACAGAGAUCCAAGAGUGGCUCUGUUUAAACUGCCAGAUGCAAAGAGCUCUAGGAGGUGACCUGGCUGUGAUCCCACCCUCCCCGCAGCCGAGCCCAAAGGCUGCCUCUGCACCCACAGCAACAGCCAGCAAACCACCGGGACCUUCACAGCUGGCUUCCCCAAAGAAAGAACCUCCACCCAAACAGGACAGCCCGAAGGCAUCGAAAAAGCCACCGCCACUGGUCACACAGCCAACCCUUCAUGGACCUACCCCAACUGCAACCCCAGAGCCUCCAGUGGCAGAGGCUGUACCUGAGCCUGCCCCUCCCAAGGAGCCCUUGGCACCCCGACCUGAACAAGCCAAGGCUCCUGUUGUGGAUGUUAAGCCAAAGCAGCCCAAGAAGGCAGAGCCACGCCCAGAUACCCAAUCUCCAGCAGCAACAACAAAACCUGAUGUUCUGAGCUCACAAGUACAGCCACAGGGUCAAGCUAAAACAGCCCCUCCUUUGAAAACAGACUCUGCCAAACCCUCUCAGAGUUUCCCGCCAACAGGAGAAAAAAUCACCCCAUUUGAUUCUAAAGCCAUUCCCAGGCCUGCAUCAGACUCAAAAAUUAUUUCACAUCCUGGGCCCAGUUCUGAGAGCAAGGAUCCAAAACACAUCGAUCCAGUUCAGAAGAAGGAAGAGCCUAAGAAAGCACAAACCAAGAUGAGUCCUAAACCAGAUGCGAAACCAAUGCCAAAAGGGUCACCAUCACACUCUGGUCCACGACCUACGACUGGCCAAGCUGUUCCUCCAUCUCAGCAGCCUCUAAAGCCACAGGAGCAGUCAAGACGGUUCAGUUUGAAUCUGGGUAGUAUCACCGAUGCCCCCAAAUCGCAACCCACAACUCCGCAAGAAACUGUGACUGGAAAACUAUUCGGGUUUGGAGCAUCCAUCUUUAGCCAGGCGUCAAGUUUAAUUUCCACAGCAGGCCAGCCAGGACCUCAUCCACAGACUGGGUCACCUGCCCCAACAAAGCCAGCCCCUACCGCGUCUCAGACUCCUGCUGCUCAGGGACCACCCAAACCCACAGGUCAGCUCCCACCAGCACCUGCCAAGGUGACACCUGUGGUAAAGGAAACAAAGGCCCCAGCAGCCGAGAACUUAGAGUCCACACCUGAGCAAGCUCCAGCAGUGAAGAGGACAGAGAAAGAUAGGCAGCCACAAGCUGGGAAGGUUGGCAAACCUCCACCUGCCGAGCCCGAAAAGGCUGCCCUCACCCACAAGCCGGACAAGACCAUCAAACCCAAGCCAACCUGUCCUCUCUGCAAAACUGAACUCAACACCGGUUCUCAGGAUCCUCCCAACUUCAACACCUGCACAGAAUGCAAGAACCAAGUGUGCAAUCUCUGUGGAUUUAACCCAACACCGCAUUUGACUGAGAUUCAAGAGUGGCUUUGUUUAAACUGUCAGACACAGAGGGCAAUAUCAGGACAACUUGGAGAUAUGAGCAAGAUGCCACCUGCAUCAUCAGGAUCCAAAGCAUCCCCUGUACCCACCCCUGGAGAACCAUUGUCACAGAAAGCACCCUCAGCAGCCCUCACAAAAUUCAUAAAGAAGGAAACAGAAGUAAAGAAGGAAACUGAAAAACCGAUCCCAGAAAAGGAAACACCAUUGAUUGAGAAAACCCCUCCAAUUGGGACUGCAGAGCAAAAAGUAGAAGAGACUAAAGUAGAGAAAAGCAAAAUUUCAGCCCUACAAGAAAAGAAACCACCAUCUGAAGAAGAACAACCAUUAUCUGAAGAUAAAAAGGAAAAGAAGCCACCUGCUGAAAAAAAACCAUCACUUGAAGAAAAGAAGCCAACCCCCGAAGAUAAGAAAUUAGCCCCAGAAAUAAAGCCAAAGACUUCAGAGGGGGAGAAGAAACAUGAAAUGCUUAAAACUCAUGUACAAAUUCCAGAAGAGGAGCCCACGGGCAGGGUGGCUGCAAAGGUAGAAGCUGGGCAGCAGGAGACCAGAACUGAAGCUCUGCCAUGGGGCACACCUGAGACGUUGCCCAAGGAAGGAGAGAAAGAAAGCAAAGCAGCCAAACAGCCACAGGCAGAAGGCAGUGCAAAGUAUGAUCUUGUGGAGCCUGGCAAAGAAAAGGAAAAAGAAGAGGACAAAUCUGACACCUCCAGUUCUCAGCAUCCCAAGAGCCCACAAGGUCUGAGUGACACGGGAUAUUCUUCUGAUGGAAUAUCGGGUUCUCUUGGUGAAAUCCCAAGUCUUAUACCAAGUGAUGAAAAAGAUUUACUGAAAGGACUAAAAAAGGACUCUUUCUCACAGGAAAGCAGCCCUUCUAGCCCCUCUGACUUAGCUAAGUUGGAAAGUACAGUGCUAUCCAUUUUGGAAGCUCAGGCAAGUACACUGGUUGGUGAAAAGUCAGAAAAGAAAGUACAGCCUCAGAAGGUUUCUCCUGAGCAGCCUCAGGACCAGCAGAAAACUCAGACUCCAUCUGAAACACUGGAUAUGACUAUUUCAGAAGAGGAAGUCAAAGAGAGUCGAGAAAAAAAAGAAAGUUCAAAAAAGGAUAGCCAACAAGGUUUUCCUUCCAGGAAGGACCAUAAAGAAAAGCCUGAGCUGGUUGAUGACCUGAGUCCAAGAAGAGCAUCCUAUGAUUCAGUUGAGGACAGCAGCGAAAGUGAAAACUCGCCUGUUGCCCGCAGGAAGCGGAGAACCAGUGUUGGCUCAUCGAGCAGUGAUGACUAUAAACAGGAAGACAGCCAAGGUUCGGGGGAAGAGGAGGACUUCAUUCGAAAACAGAUCAUAGAAAUGAGUGCUGAUGAGGAUGCUUCUGGCUCCGAGGAUGAUGAGUUCAUUAGGAGUCAGCUCAAAGAGAUUGGUGCUCUUCCUGAGAAGAAGGAAGAAACAAAGGGGAGGGGGAAGAGCAUAGCCGGGAAACACAGACGACUGACUCGCAAGAGCAGUACUAGCUUCGACGAUGAUGCCGGGAGACGUCAUUCCUGGCAUGACGAGGAUGACGAAACAUUUGAUGAAAGUCCUGAACUCAAAUUCAGAGAAACUAAAAGUCAGGAGAGUGAAGAACUUGUUGUUGCUGGAGGAGGAGGCUUGCGUCGAUUUAAGACAAUAGAACUCAACAGUACAAUAGCAGAUAAAUACUCGGCAGAAUCCGCUCAGAAAAAGACAACUUUGUAUUUCGAUGAAGAGCCAGAAUUAGAAAUGGAAAGUCUGACAGACUCACCAGAAGACAGAUCGAGGGGAGAGGGAUCCUCUAGUCUCCAUGCUUCCAGCUUCACUCCUGGCACAUCCCCGACGUCAGUAUCAUCGCUUGAUGAGGACAGUGACAGUAGCCCAAGUCACAAAAAAGGAGAAAGCAAGCAGCAGCGCAAAGCUCGGCACAGGUCACAUGGCCCUCUCUUACCUACCAUUGAAGAUUCUUCCGAGGAAGAAGAGCUGAGAGAGGAAGAAGAAUUAUUAAAAGAGCAAGAGAAACAGCGAGAGCUGGAGCAGCAACAAAGGAAGAGUUCGAGUAAGAAAUCGAGGAAGGACAAAGAUGAACUUCGAGCUCAGAGAAGGCGAGAACGACCAAAGACACCACCCAGUAAUCUCUCUCCCAUUGAGGAUGCCUCGCCCACAGAAGAGUUACGCCAGGCAGCAGAAAUGGAGGAGCUCCAUAGGUCCUCUUGUUCUGAAUACUCACCGAGCAUCGAGUCCGACCCAGAAGGAUUUGAAAUAAGCCCUGAGAAAAUAAUAGAAGUUCAAAAAGUUUAUAAAUUGCCCACAGCUGUGUCUUUAUACUCACCAACAGAUGAGCAAUCUGUUAUGGAGAAAGAAGGUGUUCAGAAGGCUUUAAAAAGUGCUGAGGAAAUGUAUGAAGAAAUGAUGCAUAAACCCCACAAAUAUAAAGCCUUUCCAGCUGCAAAUGAUAGAGAUGAAGUGUUUGAAAAGGAGCCAUUGUAUGGUGGUAUGUUAAUAGAGGACUACAUUUACGAGUCUUUAGUAGAGGACACAUACAACGGAUCAGUAGAUGGCAGUCUGCUCUCAAGGCAAGAUGAACAAAAUGGAUUUAUGCAGCAGAGAGGAAGAGAGCAAAAAAUAAGACUCCCAGAGCAGAUUUAUGAUGAUCCUAUGCAGAAAAUUACAGACCUUCAAAAAGAAUUUUAUGAAUUAGAAAGUUUACAUUCUAUUGUGCCUCAAGAAGACAUUGUCUCAAGCUCUUUUAUUAUUCCAGAAAGCCAUGAGAUAGUGGAUCUGGGUGCCAUGGUAACUUCUACCAGUGAAGAAAAGAAAUUAUUGGAUGCUGAUACUGCCUAUGAAGAGCUGAUGAAGCGGCAACAGAUGCAGGCAAUAGAUGGAUCCAUCCCCAUACAGACCCCUAUGGGGGAUGACAUGGCAGAGUCCACGAUGGACUUUGACAGGGUGCAAGAUGCAUCUCUGACAUCCAGUAUCCUUUCUGGAGCAUCUCUUACAGACUCAACCAGCAGUGCAACUCUCUCCAUCCCAGAUGUUAAGAUAACCCAACAUUUUUCAGCAGAAGAACUUGAGGAUGAAUAUGUAACUGAUUAUACAAGAGAAAUUCAAGAGAUAAUUGCCAACGAAUCACUGAUAUUGACCUACUCUGAACCUUCAGAAAGCGCUACAUCUGUUCCACCCUCUGCCACACCUUCACUCACAUCAUCUAUUUCUUCAGUUUGCACCACAGAUAGCUCCUCCUCACCUGUCACUACCCUGGAUAGCCUAACAACUGUUUAUACAGAGCCAGCAGAUGUAAUAACUAAAUUUGAAGACUCUGAGGAAAUUUCCUCAACUUAUUUUCCGGGCAGCAUUAUAGACUAUCCAGAAGAUAUAAGUGUACCUUUAGAAAGGACCAUCGCAGCAGAAAGUAGAGCUCAUGCUGACCAGAUCGAGAUUUCUUUGUCUGGUGUAGCACCUUCUGUCACAGAAUCUGUAGGAACGAAAGCUGAGAAGCCACAAGCUGAUGUCAUUUCCACUGACUUACCUAUGUCUGAAAAAGAUGUAGUAACAGACAAGAAGGAAACUGGGGAUGGAAUUAUUCUGGAAGUUUUGGAUGCUUACAAAGAUAAAAGGGAAGAAGAGUCUGAGGCAGAACCAACAACAACUAGCUUACCUGAAAUAGGGUUAGCCCAAACACCUUCUUCUGUAAUAGCCCCUCACAUGAAGGAGCAACCUGUAUCUCCACUUCCUUUAUCUGGAAUGAUCUCCGCUCAGGAAAAGCCCAUGUGUAGGCUACCAUCUGGCAGUCUUCCUGUUUCUGCGCCUCCAUCUAAAUCUCGUCCAUUUUACCGAAGUUCUUCUUUGGACGUAUCAGCCCAGCCACCCCCUCCCCCUCCACCCCCUCCUCCUCCACCACCACCACCUCCUCCUCCACCACCCCCACCAUUGCCCCCAGCAACUUCACCUAAGCCAAGCAUUUAUCCUAAAAAAAAGUUGGCAGUUGCAGCUCCAGUGACUCCAACUACUAUUGUCACGACCCAUGUUGAUGCUAUUACUACAGUAGAGAGCACAACUGUUCGGAGGAGUAACGGGUCACCUGCAACCAAAAUAUGUGCCACUGCACCUCCUCCUGUCCCUCCUAAGCCUUCUUCAAUUCCAACUGGACUUGUAUUUACACAUAGGCCAGAAGCAAGCAAACCUCCAAUUGCCCCCAAGCCAGCAGUUCCUCAGAUUCCAGUGACUACACAGAAAACAACAGAUGCAUGCCCCAAACCAACAGGUCUAUCUUUAACUUCAAGUAUGUCCUUAAAUUUAGUGACAUCAGCAGAUUACAAACUGCCUUCCCCUACCUCUCCACUUUCCCCGCACUCUAACAAAUCCUCACCAAGAUAUUCUAAGUCUCUUAUGGAGACUUAUGUGGUUAUUACAUUGCCCUCUGAACCUGGGACUCCGACUGAUUCUUCUGCUCAAGCCAUUACCAGUUGGCCCUUGGGAUCACCUCCAAAAGAUUUGGUUUCCCUUGAAACGGUAUUUUCCAUAGUUCCUCCCAUGACUGCUACAGAUGCUCCAACAUCUUCACAGCCAACCAUGUAUGCAGUAGGGCCGCCAGGGACGUUCUCUGCUGCCCCUAUUGCAACACCAUCUCUAUUUCAAGGAGCCCCAACUUCACUGACACCAUUUCUUCCAACAGAAGCUUCAAAAAUUGAGGUUUCCACAACAAGGAGUGCAGUCCCAAGUCCUGCUCCCAGAAGUGUUUCCAUACCAAUUCCUCCAGAGCCUCUUGCUCUAGACAGGCAUCAGUACAAAGAAAACGGGAAAUUGCAACUUAUUGGUGAUGCCAUCGAUUUACGUACAAUACCAAAACUAGAAGCUAAAGCAACAGAAAAAUGCAUGGAUCUUUCUGCUUCUGCGAUGGAUGUGAAAAGGCAGACCACGGCAAAGGAAGUUUAUGGGCGACAAAUUAGUGCUAUCCAACCUUCUAUCAUAAAUCUUAGUGCAGCUUCCUCAUUAGUCACCCCAGUUACCAUGGACUCUGAGACAGUGGCUGUUGUCACAUGCACAGAUACUGCAAUUUACACAAUAGGUACAGAAAGCCAAGUGAGUAUAGAGUCUGCAAUGACAUCACCACUCCAGCUUACUGUAUCAAAACAUGCUGAGCCCACAUACAGGAAACCUAGUGGCCAGGCCUUUCCUACUGUUAGAGAUGAAGCACCAAUAAACUUAUCACUGGGUCCUUCAGCCCAGGCAGUGACACUGGCUGUGACAAAGCCUGUCACUGUACCUCCUGUUGGUGUCACAAAUGGAUGGACUGACAGCACCGUAUCUCAGGGGAUCCCUGAUGGAGAAGUAGUUGAUCUCAGCACAUCCAAAUCUCAUAGAACUGUCGUGACAAUGGAUGAGUCGACUUCAAAUGUGGUGACCAAGAUAGUAGAAGAUGAUGAAAAACCUGUUGAUUUGACUGCGGGAAGAAGAGCCGUGUGUUGUGAUAUGGUUUACAAGUUACCUUUCGGAAGGAGCUGCACAGCACAGCAACCUGCAACUACUCUUCCUGAAGACCGUUUUGGUUAUAGGGAUGACCACUAUCAAUAUGAUAGAUCAGGGCCAUAUGGUUAUAGAGGGAUUGGUGGAAUGAAACCAUCCAUGUCUGACACUAAUUUAGCAGAAGCUGGACAUUUUUUCUAUAAAAGUAAGAAUGCUUUUGAUUAUUCUGGAGGACCUGAUGCAGCUGUAGAUCUAACUUCAGGGAGAGUUUCUACAGGUGAGGUAAUGGAUUAUUCAAGCAAGACUACAGGUCCAUACCCAGAAACACGCCAAGUCAUUUCAGGAGUUGGGAUUAGUACCCCGCAGUAUUCCACAGCAAGGAUGACUCCACCUCCAGGACCCCAGUACGGCGUGGGAAGUGUUUUGAGGUCAUGUAAUGGUGUUGUCUAUUCUUCAGUAGCAACUCCAAUUCCCUCAACAUUUGCUAUCACCACUCAACCUGGCUCCAUUUUCAGUACCACUGUCAGGGAUUUAUCCAGUAUUCACACGACAGACGCAGUGACUUCAUUAUCAGCCCUGCAUCAAAGCCAGCCAAUGCCUCGAUCAUAUUUCAUAACAACAGGUGCAUCAGAAACAGACAUCUCGGUCACCAGCAUUGAUAUCAAUGCCAGUCUGCAAACUAUUACGAUGGAAACUCUUCCUGCAGAGACUAUGGACUCUGUUCCUACUUUAACCACAGCAUCUGAAGUGUUUUCUGAGGUGACCGGAGAGGAAAGCACUCUUUUAAUUGUCCCUGAUGAAGACAAACAACAGCAGCAACUUGACCUGGAGCGAGAGCUCCUGGAGCUGGAGAAAAUUAAGCAGCAGCGCUUUGCUGAGGAACUGGAGUGGGAACGCCAGGAGAUCCAGAGGUUCCGAGAACAGGAAAAGAUCAUGGUUCAAAAGAAGCUGGAGGAACUCCAGUCCAUGAAGCAGCACCUGCUCUACCAGCAAGAAGAAGAGCGGCAAGCCCAGUUCAUGAUGAGGCAGGAGAGCUUAGCUCAGCAGCAGCUACAGCUUGAGCAGAUCCAACAGCUGCAACAACAGCUGCACCAGCAGCUGGAGGAGCAAAAACUUCGCCAGAUCUACCAAUAUAACUAUGACCCCUCUGGAACUGCUUCUCCACAAACCUCCACUGAACAGGCAAUUUUGGAGGGCCAAUAUGCCGCGCCAGAGGGCAGUCAGUUUUGGGCCACCGAAGACGCCACCACUACAGCGUCUACUGUGGUGGCCAUUGAAAUACCACAGAGCCAAGGAUGGUACACGGUUCAGUCUGAUGGCGUGACUCAGUACAUUGCUCCGCCUGGCAUCCUGAGCACUGUUGCGGAGAUACCUCUGACCGAUGUGGUUGUAAAAGAGGAGAAACGACCCAAAAAGAGAAGUUCUGGAGCUAAAGUUCGGGGGCAGUAUGAUGAGAUGGAGGAAAGCAUGGCAGACGAUCCACGCAACUUAAAAAAGAUAGUGGACAGUGGUGUGCAAACUGAUGAUGAAGAAACCGCUGAUCGGAGUUACGCAAGCAGGCGGAGAAGAACUAAAAAAAGCGUGGAUACCAGUGUCCAAACUGAUGAUGAAGAUCAAGAUGAAUGGGAUAUGCCUUCUAGGUCAAGGAGAAAAGUGCGUACGGGAAAAUACGGAGAUAGCACUACAGAGGGUGACAAGACCAAACCCCUUUCCAAAGUCUCCAGUGUAGCAGUUCAGACAGUCGCAGAGAUAUCUGUGCAAACUGAACCAGUGGGAACCAUAAGAACACCUUCCAUACGAGCGCGGGUGGAUGCCAAGGUAGAAAUAAUUAAACACAUUUCAGCACCUGAAAAGACUUACAAAGGGGGCAGUUUAGGAUGCCAAACAGAAACAGAUUCAGACACACAGAGUCCUCCAUAUCUGGGUGCCACAUCUCCACCCAAAGACAAGAAACGCCCAACACCUUUAGAGAUUGGUUAUUCAUCAUCUCACCUUCGGGCAGACACCACAGUCCAGCUGGCUCCUUCCCCACCCAAAUCUCCAAAAGUCCUUUACUCACCCAUCUCACCACUCUCCCCAGGCAACGCCUUAGAACCAACCUUUGUAUCUUACGAGAAACCCCUCCCUGAUGACAUAAGUCCACAGAAAGUGCUCCAUCCAGAUAUGGCUAAAGUUCCCCCGGCAAGUCCUAAGACAGCCAAGAUGAUGCAGCGUUCUAUGUCUGACCCCAAGCCUCUGAGUCCAACAGCAGACGAGAGUUCCAGGGCUCCUUUUCAGUAUUCCGAGGGCUUCACGACUAAAGGUUCUCAAACCAUGACAGCCUCUGGUACCCAGAAAAAAGUGAAGAGAACACUGCCAAAUCCUCCCCCCGAGGAGGCAUCCCCGGGAGCACAGUCAACUUACAGCACAAUGGGCACUGCUUCCCGGAGAAGAAUGUGCAGAACCAAUACCAUGGCUCGAGCCAAGAUUCUCCAGGACAUAGACCGAGAGCUUGACCUCGUGGAAAGGGAGUCUGCCAAGCUUAGAAAGAAGCAAGCAGAACUUGAUGAGGAAGAAAAGGAGAUUGAUGCCAAGCUACGGUAUCUGGAGAUGGGAAUUAACCGGAGAAAAGAAGCAUUAUUGAAGGAGAGAGAAAAGAGAGAGCGUGCCUACCUGCAGGGGGUAGCAGAGGACCGAGAUUACAUGUCUGACAGUGAGGUCAGUAGCACCAGACCAAGCCGAAUAGAAAGUCAACAUGGCAUUGAGCGACCAAGAACGGCUCCGCAAACUGAAUUCAGCCAGUUCAUCCCACCACAAACCCAAACAGAAGCUCAACUAGUUCCCCCUACAAGUCCUUACACACAAUACCAGUACUCCUCACCCGCUCUUCCCACACAAGCACCCACCCCGUAUACUCAACAAUCCCACUUUCAACAGCAGACGCUGUACCAUCAGCAAGUUUCACCAUAUCAGACCCAACCAACGUUCCAAGCUGUGGCCACAAUGUCCUUCACACCCCAAGCUCAACCCACUCCAACCCCACAACCAUCUUAUCAAUUACCAUCGCAGAUGAUGGUGAUACAACAGAAGCCUCGGCAAACAACAUUGUAUUUGGAGCCCAAGAUAACUUCUAACUACGAAGUGAUUCGAAACCAACCCCUGAUGAUCGCUCCUGUUUCUACUGAUAACACAUACGCUGUCUCCCAUCUUGGGAGUAAGUACAACAGCUUAGACUUGAGAAUUGGUUUGGAGGAAAGAAGCAGCAUGGCGAGCAGUCCAAUAUCCAGCAUCUCUGCAGACUCUUUCUAUGCAGAUAUUGACCACCACACCUCAAGGAAUUAUGUCCUAAUAGAUGACAUUGGGGAGAUUACCAAAGGGACAGCAGCACUAAGCACUGCAUUUAGUCUCCAUGAAAAGGAUCUGUCCAAAACAGAUCGUCUCCUUAGAACCACGGAGACACGUAGGUCUCAAGAAGUGACAGAUUUCCUAGCGCCUUUGCAGACUUCCUCCAGAUUGCAUAGCUACGUGAAAGCAGAGGAGGACCCAAUGGAAGAUCCAUACGAGUUAAAGCUUCUGAAACAUCAGAUUAAGCAAGAAUUCCGUAGAGGCACAGAGAGCCUGGACCACCUUGCUGGCCUUUCACAUUAUUACCAUGCUGACACGAGCUAUAGACACUUUCCCAAGUCUGAAAAGUACAGCAUCAGUAGACUCACCCUUGAAAAGCAAGCAGCCAAACAAUUACCGGCAGCGAUACUUUACCAAAAGCAAUCAAAGCACAAGAAGUCAUUAAUUGACCCUAAAAUGUCAAAGUUUUCCCCUAUUCAAGAAAGUAGAGACCUGGAACCUGAUUAUCCCAGUUACAUGAGUUCUAGCACUUCAUCUAUAGGUGGUAUUUCUUCUAGGGCAAGGCUUCUUCAAGAUGAUAUCACAUUUGGCCUCAGGAAAAAUAUUACAGAUCAACAGAAAUUUAUGGGCUCAUCACUUGGGUCAGGACUGGGUACAUUAGGAAACACCAUCCGGUCAGCUCUCCAGGAUGAAGCAGAUAAGCCAUAUAGCAGUGGGAGCAGGUCCAGGCCAUCCUCUCGGCCUUCCUCUGUCUAUGGGCUUGAUUUAUCAAUUAAGAGGGAUUCCUCCAGCUCAUCACUAAGACUGAAAGCUCAAGAGGCCGAAGCUCUGGAUGUCUCCUUUGGCCAUUCAUCAUCUUCAGCCAGAACUAAGCCCACCAGCUUGCCAAUCAGCCAGAGCAGAGGAAGAAUACCAAUUGUGGCCCAGAAUUCAGAAGAAGAAAGUCCGCUAAGUCCCGUUGGCCAACCAAUGGGAAUGGCCAGGGCUGCCGCUGGACCUUUGCCCCCCAUAUCUGCAGACACGAGGGAUCAGUUUGGAUCAAGUCACUCAUUGCCUGAAGUUCAGCAACACAUGAGAGAAGAGUCACGGACACGGGGUUAUGACCGUGAUAUAGCAUUCAUCAUGGAUGACUUCCAACAUGCUAUGUCUGACAGUGAAGCCUACCACUUGCGUCGGGAGGAAACGGAUUGGUUUGAUAAACCCAGAGAGUCUCGGUUGGAAAAUGGCCAUGGUCUGGACCGGAAACUGCCAGAAAGAUUGGUUCACUCUAGACCCCUCAGUCAACAUCAAGAGCAAAUUCUGCAGAUGAAUGGGAAGACAAUGCACUACAUUUUUCCUCAUGCAAGGAUAAAAAUAACCAGAGACUCUAAGGAUCACACAGUUUCAGGUAAUGGCCUUGGAAUUAGAAUUGUUGGUGGUAAAGAAAUCCCAGGACAUAGUGGAGAAAUUGGAGCCUAUAUUGCUAAGAUUCUUCCUGGUGGAAGUGCGGAACACACAGGGAAACUUAUAGAAGGGAUGCAAGUUUUGGAAUGGAAUGGGAUUCCCUUAACUUCUAAAACAUAUGAAGAAGUACAGAGCAUCAUUAAUCAGCAAAGUGGGGAAGCAGAAAUAUGUGUAAGACUGGACCUCAAUAUGUUGUCCGAUUCCGAAAAUCCUCAGCACCUGGAACUUCACGAGCCACCAAAAGUUGUGGAUAAGGCAAAGUCCCCAGGGGUGGAUCCCAAGCAGUUGGCAGCAGAGCUGCAGAAAGUCUCACUCCAGCAGUCACCUCUGGUCAUGUCAUCAGUCGUGGAGAAAGGGUCUCACGCUCACUCGGGUCCUACUUCGGCAGGCUCCAGUUCUGUUCCCAGCCCGGGGCAGCCAGGGUCACCCUCCGUGAGCAAGAAGAAGCAUGGCAGCAGCAAGACUACUGAUGCAACAAAGGCUGCCUCUCAUCCAAUUACAGGAGAAAUUCAGCUUCAAAUCAACUAUGAUCUUGGAAAUCUGAUAAUACAUAUUCUUCAAGCAAGAAAUCUCGUCCCCAGAGAUAACAAUGGCUACUCUGACCCUUUUGUUAAGGUGUACCUACUUCCAGGGCGAGGUCAAGUCAUGGUUGUCCAGAAUGCAAGUGCUGAGUAUAAGAGAAGGACGAAGUAUGUCCAGAAAAGUCUUAAUCCUGAAUGGAAUCAAACAGUAAUUUAUAAAAGCAUUUCCAUGGAGCAGCUCAUGAAGAAGACCUUGGAGGUGACAGUGUGGGACUAUGAUAGAUUCUCUUCCAAUGACUUCCUUGGAGAGGUGUUGAUUGAUUUAUCUAGCACAUCUCAUCUGGACAACACUCCUCGGUGGUAUCCACUGAAAGAACAGACUGAGAGCAUUGACCAUGGCAAGUCUCACUCCAGUCAAAGCAGCCAGCAGUCCCCAAAGCCCUCUGUGAUCAAAAGCAGGAGCCAUGGCAUCUUCCCUGACCCAGCCAAGGACAUGCAGGUUCCCACCAUUGAGAAAUCUCAUAGUAGUCCUGGUAGCUCAAAAUCAUCAUCUGAAGGCCAUCUCCGAUCUCACGGACCAUCUCGCAGUCAAAGCAAAACCAGUGUCGCUCAGACCCACCUGGAAGACGCAGGGGCGGCCAUAGCCGCAGCCGAAGCCGCCGUGCAACAACUCCGCAUUCAACCAACAAAGCCCGCCAAUCACCGACCUGCAGAGAGCUCCGUGUCUACUGGCUCCUCGGGCAGCAGCGUUGGCAGUGGGUACAGCAUGGACAGUGAAGGAAGCAGCUGUGUGGCAGGGGAGACUAAUCUGCUUCCUAUCCCAAGGAUAGGAAAAAUGGGACAGAAUGGACUAGACCCUGUGAAACAGCCAGGAAUGGGAACAACAGACACAGAGGCUAAAACUCAAGUAAUGGGAGAAAUCAAGCUGGCAUUGAAAAAGGAAAUGAAAACAGAUGGUGAACAACUAAUAGUUGAAAUUCUCCAGUGCAGAAAUAUUACCUACAAAUUUAAGUCUCCGGAUCAUUUACCAGAUUUAUAUGUGAAAGUAUAUGUGAUAAACAUCUCUACUCAAAAAAAGGUUAUCAAAAAGAAAACAAGGGUAUGCAGACAUGAUCGAGAGCCUUCCUUUAAUGAAACUUUUAGAUUCAGCCUAAGUCCUGCGGGCCAUUCUCUUCAGAUUUUACUUUUCUCCAAUGGAGGGAAGUUUAUGAAGAAGACUUUGAUUGGAGAAGCCUGUAUCUGGCUUGACAAAGUGGAUUUGAGAAAAAGAAUAGUCAAUUGGCACAAACUUUUGGUCAGUCCUACUCAAACACACUGAAGAUGUGUCUACUCAGGGUGAGGAAACAGAGCUACAUAGCCUUAGGUCGAGACUGUAGUCGAACACUACUGUGCUGAUCUAUGUUUUCAGGGGCUAAUACAAGAUAGAAAAGAAGAUGCAAACAGAUUGCAUUGUUGUGGAAUACAAAAAAAAAGAUUUAAGAAGUUCACGUGUUAAAAGCACACAGAUGGAAAUAGCCCUGAGGCACUGGAUUGUUCAUAGCUGAGAAGAGAAACGGUGAAAGAAGAUUUGAUAUUUUUAAGGUAAAUGUCUUUGAUCAGACUGAGAUAGAACUGAAGAAAAAGGCACAAAGGUUAUUAUAGUGGUCAACGGUAGUGUAAAAGCAAUUGCUUGUACACACAGAAGCCUUGUUGGGGGAAAAAAAUGCUGAUGUAAUGAAUCUUGCUUUUCAAAAGUUCAAAAAU